AUGAAUCUUAGGAAUGGAUCUGUAAUGACUGAGUUUAUUUUGCAAGGAUUUUCUGGAGGAUGGGAACUUCAAAUAUUCUUCUUUGUGACAUUUUCCUUGAUCUACAGUGCCACUGUGGUGGGAAACAUUCUCAUUAUGGUCACAGUGACAUUUAAUUCCACCCUUCAUUCCCCCAUGUAUUUCCUCCUUGGAAACCUCUCUUUUCUGGACAUGUGUCUCUCCACGGCUACAACACCCAAGAUGAUCACAAACUUGCUCACUGAUCACAAGACCAUCUCUGUGUGGGGCUGCAUGGCCCAGAUGUUCUUUAUGCACUUCUUUGGGGGUGCUGAGAUGACUCUUUUGAUAGUCAUGGCCUUUGACAGGUAUGUAGCCAUAUGUAAACCUCUGCAUUACAGGACAAUCAUGAGCCACAGGUUGCUGAGUGGGUUUGUGAUACUUUCAUGGGUAAUUGGUUUUAUACACACCAUCAGCCAGACGGUACUAACAGUGAAUUUGCCUUUCUGUAGCCACAAUGUAAUAGACAACAUAUUUUGUGACCUCCCCCUUGUAAUCAAACUAGCUUGUAUUGAAACAUAUACGCUGCAGUUAUUUGUAAUUGCGGACAGUGGGCUGCUCUCUCUUAUCUGUUUCAUUCUCUUGCUCGUCUCCUACACUGUCAUCCUGGUCACUGUACAACAAAGAUCAUCUGGAGGGCUCUCCAAGGCCCUGUCCACAUUGUCUGCCCACAUCAUUGUGGUUACUCUGUUCUUUGGACCUUGUACCUUUAUCUAUGCCUGGCCAUUUGGUAGUCUCGCAAGCAAUAAAACCCUUGCUGUAUUUUACACUGUUUUCACACCCUUACUGAAUCCUAUUAUUUACACCCUGAGAAAUCAGAAAAUGCAAAGGGCUAUGAGAAAAUUAUGGUUCCAACACGUUAGCUCCACACAGAACUUCUAG